AUGAGUUCCUUGAAACAGUUUAUUCGCAAUGUUCGCGCGGCCAAGACGAUUGCAGACGAACGAGCAGUGAUCCAGAAGGAGAGCGCUGCUAUACGCGCCAGCUUCCGCGAGGAGAGCCAUGACCAUGGCGUCAGGCGCAACAACGUUGCGAAACUGCUUUACCUCUUCACCCUUGGCGAGCGGACGCACUUUGGACAGAUCGAGUGCCUCAAGCUCCUGGCAUCGCCCCGAUUUGCAGACAAGCGCCUGGGGCACCUUGCCACGAGCUUGCUCCUCGACGAAAACCAGGAGGUGCUAACUCUGGUGACCAACUCGCUGAAAAAUGAUCUGGGUCACUCCAACCAGUACAUCGUCGGCCUGGCCCUGUGUACGCUGGGCAACAUAGCAUCCAUCGAGAUGUCGAGAGACCUAUUCCCCGAGAUCGAGACGCUGGUUUCCACAUCCAACCCCUACAUAAGAAGAAAAGCGGCGCUCUGUGCCAUGCGGAUAUGCCGCAAGGUCCCCGACCUGCAGGAACACUUUCUCGAGAAAGCAGCCCACUUGUUGGCUGACAGGAACCACGGUGUCCUUCUCUGCGGCUUGACACUCGUCACGAGCUUGUGCGAAGCCGAUGAAGAGGAAGGGGGAGAGGAGGGUGUUGUCGAAAAGUUCCGAACAUUUGUUCCUGGCUUGGUCAAGACGUUGAAGGGCCUGUCGACAUCAGGAUAUGCCCCGGAGCAUGAUGUCACUGGCAUCACCGACCCGUUUUUGCAAGUCAAGAUCCUCCGGUUACUGCGGGUGCUCGCUGUCGGGGACGCCCAUACGAGCGAACAAAUCAACGAUAUCCUGGCGCAGGUCGCGACAAACACGGACUCGUCCAAAAACGUGGGCAACUCCAUCCUUUACGAGGCCGUCUGCACAAUUCUCGACAUCGAGGCCGACUCGGGGCUGCGAGUGCUCGGAGUCAACAUCCUCGGCAAGUUUCUCACCAAUCGAGACAACAAUAUUCGCUAUGUGGCCCUCAACACCCUCAUCAAGGUCGUCGCCAUUGAGCCCAAUGCCGUCCAGAGACACCGCAAUACGAUUCUCGAGUGUCUGAGAGACCCAGACAUCAGCAUCAGGCGGCGUGCGCUCGACCUGAGCUUCACGCUCAUAAAUGAGAGCAACGUGCGAGUGCUCAUCCGUGAGCUUCUGGCGUUUUUGGAGGUGGCGGACAAUGAGUUUAAGCCAACCAUGACCAGCCAGAUUGGCAUAGCCGCAGACAAAUUUGCGCCCAACAAGCGAUGGCACUUUGACACGAUGCUCCGUGUCUUGUCGCUGGCCGGUAACUACGUCAAGGAGCAGAUUCUAUCGUCGUUUAUCCGUCUCAUCGCAACUACCCCGGAGCUCCAGUCGUACGGCGUGCGAAAACUGUACGCGAACCUCAAAAAGGACAUUACUCAGGAGAGUCUGACGCAGGCCGGAGCCUGGUGCGUGGGCGAGCAUGCCGAUGCUCUUCUCAGCGGUGGCCAGCAUGAAGAAGAGGAGCAGCUUGUCCAGAACGUCAAAGAGAGCGAGAUUGUGGACCUGCUGGCGAUGAUAUUAAAUAGUAGCUACGCUACGCAGGUGGCCACCGAGUACAUUAUCACGGCUCUCAUGAAGCUGACGGCCAGAUUCUCGGAUGCUUCUUCGGUAGAGAGGAUACGCCGCAUCCUGCAAACCCACCAAACCAGCUUGGACGUCGAGGUACAGCAGCGGGCCGUCGAAUACAGCAACCUUUUCUCCUUUGACCAGAUCCGCCGCGGAGUGCUCGAGAAGAUGCCUCCUCCGCAAAUUAAAGAGGAAUCUCGUGUUCUCGGCCAGGCACCCACCAAGAAAGCCAAAGCAGCCAACCGGAAAUCCAGGGUUGUAAGGCCCACGGAGCAGGAUCUGCUCGACAUUAUGGAUGCGCCGGCGGUGGCACCUUCGAAUGGCUCUCAAGCAUCCAACUCGGACCUCCUCGCCGACAUUCUCGGUGGCGGCACCGCGGCACCGCCUGCGUCAUCAGCCUCGCCUGGGCCGCAGCAGUCGAACAUGUCGUCAAUCAUGGACCUCUUCGGGUCCGAGCCUGGACAGUCGAGCUCGUCGCCAGCCGGUGCCUCGGCAGGGCUGGAUCUCAUGGGCUCCGUCGCUUCCCCGCCGCCGCAGGGCUCGCAUUCGGCUUCGACGCCGACCAGCUUCCCUUGCUACGAAGCCAAUGGUCUCAACGUUAGCAUACAGAUUCUACGCAACGCCGAGGGCAUGAUUCAAGCGACGGCUCGGUUCCAAAACGCGCCGGGCUCCGCACCUCUAUCCGGCGUUGGUCUGCAGGCGGCCGUACCCAAGUCUCAAAAGAUGCAGCUCCUCAAUGUCUCGUCGUCGGAGCUUGCAGGCGGCGCUGCAGCCACGCAGAUGAUGAGAGUAUCUGGCUGCAAAGGGCCACUUCGAUUGCGCCUGCGAAUUGGGUACGCGCACCCUUCUGCCGGGCAAGUGAUCGACCAGUUCUCGCCCGGCCAGUGGCUGGACACGUAUGUGCCGGGCGUCCCCAAGCCGGGCGGCUUCACCAUCACGUCGGCGCCCUCGGCCGCGUCCGCGUCCCGACGAGACCAGUCUCGGCCCCCGUUCCUCGAGCUCGCCGUGCAGCACAGCCCCGGCAACGCCGUCGCUGCAUGGCUGUGGCAGCCCGCGCCGCGGGUCCUGGGCUGCGGGCUGCACGUGCGCAUCGGCGGCAGCUUCGUCUUCCCGCCGCCGCCGUCAUCGGCGGAUCAUUCCCUCGACGGCAUCCGCAGGGUCGUUUUCGUGGCGGGCGGCGUGGGCGUGAACCCGCUCGUGAGCAUGCUGCGAUUCAUGGCCGACGCGCGGCCCGACCUGGACGUCUGCGUCGUGUACGCCACCAAGGUGCCGAGGAGCGGGCAGCUAUGUGACGUCUUGUUCCUCGAGACCAUGGCGGAGCUCUUGGGCCAAGGUCGGCUACGGGGCACGCUUGGCCUGUACGUCACGAGAGCCCAUGGCUGCGAGGAAACAGUCCCGGUGGAGGAGGGCGUACACACGUUGUGCGGCGCCCGCGUCGACGUCUCGGCUGCGCGCCUUUCCGGCGACGAGCUUCGCCGUCUGGUAAAGGACACGGACCCCGAGUCAACCCUUGUCUACAUCUGCGGCCCGCCGGCCAUGACCGAUCAGCUUGUCGCGGCGCUCACGGCGGCGGGUGAUGUGUCGACGGUUGACCCGAGGCGGGUCAUGACAGAGAAGUGGUGGUAA